AAAGGGUACUGUGUUGUACCGCGACGCGUAGAGCCGGUUAGUCGCUUUUUAUGCUCCGCCGUGUGUACAGUUCAGUGUGGUGAUUCUUCCUGUGUUGAAAAAAAAAUUCAAAAUGCCCCAAAGCGCUAAAAGUUUUUAAAAAAUUUUUUUAAAACGAUUUUUAAAAUCUUUAAUGUUUUCUUUACUUCUUGAAAGUUUUAAAUUAUUUCCAACUUAAAGCGCAUGUGCAUUGAUGAACUAAUACCGAGAUUUCGAAAUUUCUGAUUGGAUUUAUUAAACUUCUGCGCUAGAUACUGAAUAAUAAACUUUAUAGCUCGGUGCUGUGUUUUUUUAAAAAUAAUAAUGUCUUUGAAAAUGCGCAAGAUGUCAAAAAUCGGAGUUUUUUGUUUUUGUGUGUAAUAUUCAACUGUGCGUGCAUCCUAUAGUGCAAAUACGGAUUAAACAUCAGCUGUGAAUUUUAACAGUAAGGUUUAGCCAAUAUGCAAUUCUGAGAAGUGCUUUUUGGACAAGACAUGCGAAUCCCGCAAUGAACAAGAGCCGGUGCUAUACAGAUUCGCCCGUGCUCAUUGAUACUCAUGCAUUUAAUCGAAAUGGACAAACGCUCAGAGAGUCUAACAGGAGUAUUCUUUUCUCUACAACAGACUGCAGUAGUAAAAAAGAUGACCCAGGAUUGCAAACACAGCAACGGAGUAUAUCUAUGACUGCUCUGCAUACUGGAUCUGGACUACAACAACCAAUUUUCGAACCAAGAAUGGCUCAACUAGAAACACUAGAAGCAAAAAUGGCAAGUAUUGAGGUAUCACUUUCAACAACCCCAAGGCGGAAGAAGGGAAAUAGUAUAUCUGGUGGUAUCACCUCACCUGCAAGUCAUCGCAAUCGAGAUCACUGUAAGGAACUUGAUUCCCUUCGCAUUGCAUUACGAGAUAAAGAAAAUAUCAUACAAACACUGAAGGGACAACUCUGCAAUACGCUGAGUAACAGGUUAGCUUUGCGCAAUGGAGCACCUCCUCUGAAGGAUACAGAUAGAAAAACAACUGAAGAACGUCUUCAAAGAUUGCAUCGAGAUGCUGACAAUAAGAAACUUGCCAUUAAAAGUCUGAAGUUAGCGCUUGAACGCUCAGAUAAUACCGACAAUAUAGAUGUAAGAAUUCAACAAGCGGAAUUAGAGUACAGACUAGGAAGAGAAGAGUUGGAACUCUUGACUCUCAGAGAAGAAAGCAGAGCACUUCAAGCAGCGCUCGAAUUAGCGGAAACCCAAGAGAAGCAAAAGAGUGACACAAUUUUCAGUUGCGUAUCUGGAGCUAAUCAGGAAACGAUUCACGCAGUGGAAGUAAGUGCUGAUCCGAAGAGUCCACGAUUUGGAGCUGGUCCAAGAGAGGAGGAACCAGGGCUUUAUGUCGAUUGGGCAGUAGAAGAUACUGGACUAUGUAAAGGAGAUAGGAUCUUGGAAGUAAAUGGAAAGCUUGUUGUGGGAGCUGGAAGAAGCGACUUGGCCAGAUUACUAGCUGUUGCUCCGGACCUGGCGCAAAUCGUUGUCCUACGAAAAGGCGAAUCAUUGACAGCUUUGCGUACCCUACGCUCCGAUAACCUCAGACUCACUCAUAGAAUCGGUUAUCUGGAGGAGCAGGUUAGAGAUCUUCUUGUUCCAACAAGAACUGAAGUGUCUGUAGAGCCCGCAGUAACUCAACAGAAAAAUGUCCAGGUAUUUCAAAAGGGCCCUCAAGUGACCACUUUGAUUGCAAAUGUUCCCGGUUUAAAUAUGCGAAGUCCUGCAGAGGGCCGUCAAAGUCUCUCUAUAGGAAAAUGUAAACAAAGCGAAAAUUUAAAACGUUGGACGGAGUCGCGAAAUUCUAAGGAAUUAGAUUUUUCAUCUGACGGAGCAACGAAUGGACAUCAAAAGCUAAGAAAUAAACAUAAAUCACCAACUGCACCACUCACCAGAUCAACUGCAAAUUUGGUCUUCAAACAAUCUCAAAUACAACUUCAUUCUCCUCGUAGAAAAACACGAGUUGAAUCAGCAAUGGAGCAGCUGCAAAAAAAUCGUAAAACUAAUUAUCAAUCUCUUGAAUUCGAUUCGGAACCAACAUAUUAUCGUCUGCAGGAUUCUCAGUCACGUUAUUCAGAUAAUUUUGAAGUUCUGAAUAUUUUUUCCCAGGAAACAAUGAAAACGCGUCCAGCUCCACCAAAGAAGCCAUUGAGAUUAUCACUGCAUAGAGCGACCAGUCUUCAAUCUGUUGAAAGUGCACCGCCAUCUGGCACACAUGAAAUUCUUAGAAAACCGACAAAAAGAAAUUAUCGUGGCGACCCACCAACUGAAAGGGGCUCGCGAUCUGAAAUUAACGGUGAACUAUUUCAAGGGGAAUGCAAUUUGAAUUCAAGUGUCCCUCAACCACCUCUGAGAACACCAUCUAGAGCAGAAUCUUGCCAAAGCGCUUUAAGAUGGCCGUCGCCUAAACCUAGAGGCCAACUUUCUUCCAUGCCAGUAGAAAAAUGGUGCUGAUGAAUGACGAGAAAUUAAUAUUUUAAUAUUUAAUUGAAAAUGAAACUAUAGUUAUUGUUAGGUUAACGUUGAUCAACUUACCCUAAUUAUUUAUAUACGCAGGCUUC